AUGGUAAUAGAUUUCCACAUGCUUUAUAAGAUCGAGAGGAGUAGUGGUUUGUGUGCGCCACAAGCUUUGCGCUCUGUUGAGGCCUUUGAGAUUAUUUGCUUUACAGGGAUGAUGAUGAUGAUGAGGAUGUUACAGAUGAUUUUGCUCCUGACUGAAUCUGUCCUGAUCUGGUCAUAUCAGUCGAACUCCACAGACAACCGUGAAAGUGCUAGCUGGAGAAUCCCUGUAUUUACCCUGCCCGACAGUGAGUGCCAUAUUGAGACUAAAAACACCUCGUAUGAAUGGUUCAAAUACAUCGAAAGAACAGAGCAGGUUGAGCAAAUCGGGACGGAGGAGAGCGAACGCAUCCAUUACCACCUUUCUGAAUUGUACAUCCUUUGGUUAACCCUGAACGACACAGGACGCUACAUCACACGCUGGUGGUAUGAGGAGGACAAAUGUGAUGAAUAUGAAACUGACGUUGUGGUUUAUGAGGAGUUCAACACAGAUCUCUUGAACGAUACUCCGGAAGAAGAAAAGCCGUCAAAAAUCUACUGUCCAGUGUGUGAAUAUCAGCAGGCCACGUUCAUCUGGUAUAAGAAUUUCUCUCUUAUUCCAAACCAAGAGUCUGCACAGUAUUUACUUCUCCGUAACUCUUCAGAAGAAAGCGAGGGUAUUUACACCUGCGUUUGCACCUGGGAGCACAACGGGAUAAAACACAACCGCUCUGGAUUUCGCGAACUGAUCAUCAGAGAUAUGUCCAGCAGUACUCCUACAUUUCAACUUCCCAUCAAUAACUCCAUUGUGAUCACUGAUGUGGGUACAGAACUGAUCCUCCAUUGUUCUGUCUUCUUUGGAUACACUGUGUGUGAUGAGUGCUCUGUUCAGUAGGAAAGGAAUAAAACCAGGAUAGAUGCGGUGAAUGGAUAUAAGCAGGAAACGAGGUGGAUAUAUCCUUCAAUGAACUCGCUCUAAACUACCUAUAAUUAAAGGAUUUUUUUAAUAUGUGCUUUGAGCGUGUUUUCUUCCCCCAAACCAGUUCAGCGGAAAUCCCACCCUGAAGCCAAUAAACAUUUCAUUGGUCAUGUCAAUCACAAUAACGAUUGAGAUGUUUUAAGCUAUGAAACUUGUUUUAAAAUGUUUUAGAUGAUGAUAGAUGAUAGAUGAUAGACCUUUAUUGUCCCCCAAGUUAAAUUUUCUUUCACAGACUCUGACAAUAACAACAAUAGACAAAAAGACAGCGCAUGCGAGAUCCAUACAAGUUACAGAUUGUUUAAGGCAGCAAUGGCAGAAGGGACAAAGCUUUUACUAAAGCGUGCUCUCCUCCACCGUAAAGUUCUGUAUCUGCGGCCUGAGGGCAACAGAGAAAAGUAAAUGUGGAGAGGGUGGUCCAAAUCUCUGCUGACUGUCCGAGCCAUGCGUGUGACAGCUUUGCUGUUAAGAAGAGAGAGAUCCGUAAUGGGUAAACUGAUAAUUUUGGAUGCUAUACAAGUGACCUUAAUAAGCUUAUUUCUAUUGGUGAUGUAGAGCAUAUUAAAAUACCAAGGCGAACAGUAGAGGAGGAUGGGUUGGAUAAUGCUAGUGUACAACAGUAGUAAAAGAUAUGGGGUGACAGAAAGGACAUGGAGCUUGCGAAUAAUAUGAAGUCUUUGUUGGGAACGUUUAAUAGUACACUGACGUCUUAUGUCAAAAGAUCAAAUGCAAAUUCAUUUUUGACCAUUACUAAAGUUUCUGAGCUGGACCUCCAU